CGUCGUCGCUAUCGCCAUCGUCGACCGCCGAAGCUCCGGAGAGUCUUCACCAAGAAAAUUUGCUUCAAUUGAAAUUAGUUUGCAUAUCAAUUGCUUUGGGUCUGAACAUUCAUGAAUGAAGGUCUCUUGUAUCGGUUCACUGUCUCAGGGGAAGGAUCUCUGUUCUCUCAGAUGCACGAUGACAAUGGAGAGUAGAAAGGCGGCGGCCCAGGUGCUGACGGUGGCUGGGUCGGACUCGGGUGCAGGGGCGGGAAUCCAGGCUGACCUCAAAGCUUGUGCGGCACGAGGUGUGUAUUGUGCCUCUGUCAUCACGGCAGUUACCGCCCAGAACACUCACGGAGUUCAAGAUAUCCAUCUUCUCCCUCCACAUUUCGUUUCUCUCCAGUUAAAAUCUGUCCUCUCGGACUUCCAAAUCGAUGUCGUGAAAACUGGUAUGCUGCCAUCCCCUGAGAUCGUCGAGGUUCUUCUUCAAAAUCUUUCAGAGUCCCCCGUUCGCGCUUUAGUUGUUGAUCCUGUCAUGGUAUCUACAAGUGGGCACAUACUUGCUGGUCCUUCUAUUCUCUCCAUUUUUCGAGAGAAGCUGCUGCCAAUUGCUGACAUAAUUACCCCGAACUUAAAAGAGGCAUCUGCCUUACUUGAUGGCAUGCAGCUUCAGACAGUAGCUGACAUGCGGUCUGCAGCAAAGCUUAUACGUGAUAUGGGUCCUAGAUUUGUACUUGUCAAGGGUGGUGAUCUUCCUGACUCGUCAGAUUCAAUAGAUGUUUAUUUUGAUGGUGAGGAAUUCCAUGAACUUCGUUCGCCUCGAGUAAAAACGAGCAAUACCCAUGGUACUGGUUGCACUUUGGCCUCAUGUAUUGCAGCAGAGCUUGCAAAAGGUUCUUCAAUGCUGUCAGCAGUUAAGGUGGCUAAACACUACGUCGAGACUGCUCUAGAUUACAGCAAAGAUGUCGUCAUUGGCAGUGGAAUGCAAGGACCCUUUGACCAUUUUCUAAAUCUUAAGAGGAACCACAAAAGUUCUCCUUGCAGAAAAUUCAAUCCGGAUAGCUUGUUUCUGUAUGCUGUUACAGAUUCUAGAAUGAACAAAAAGUGGGGUCGGUCCAUGGUGGAUGCAGUUAAGGCUGCUAUAGAAGGAGGUGCGACAAUCAUACAACUAAGGGAGAAGGAGGUUGAAACGCGGGAAUUUCUUGAAGUUGCGAGAUCAUGUCUUCAGAUAUGUCGGUCUAGUGGAGUUUCUUUGCUGAUCAAUGACAGGAUUGAUGUCGCCCUUGCUUGUGAUGCUGACGGAGUUCCUGCUGAUGUGGUUCGAUCUCUUCUUGGCCCCGAAAAGAUUAUCGGGGUAUCGUGCAAGACACCAGAACAAGCCUAUCAAGCAUGGAAAGACGGUGCCGACUACAUUGGCAGUGGAGGUGUUUAUCCAACAAACACCAAGCAGAACAACCUAACCAUAGGACUGGAUGGACUGAAAACCGUGUGUAUGGCGUCAAAGUUACCCGUUGUUGCGAUAGGAGGCAUCGGGGUUUCAAAUGCCCGGGAUGUAAUGCAGGUCCGUGCCCCUAACCUGAAAGGAGUAGCGGUAGUAUCGGCCUUGUUUGAUCGGGACUGCAUUCUGACCGAGGCCAAGAAGCUUUGCCAAAUGCUUAAAGAGGUGGAAAAUGGACUCGACCAAUAAUGAGAAAGACGGCCAUGGCUUGUAAGUGUCUUGUGAGGCCUUUGUUUCCGAGAUGUUAGAGAGUUGAUAAGAAUAAAUAACAGCCAUGGUUUGUGUAAUUAGGACAUGAAGUCUAAGGUUCGAUUCUUGUUACAGAGAUGAAUUCAUCAUCUUUGGACACUGCAACUGUGAAUCUUUGUUCUUUUGAAUAAAUAUGCAGUUUUUAUUUGUCGGAUAA